AUGGAACAUACGCAGUCUUUGCCAGUGAUUGGGGAUGAAACUAAGAGACAGUUGCCAGCACUGAUUACAGCACUCAAGACAAAUAUUAGGGUGGGUGAACAAGGAUUAGGUCUCAUAAUCAUACAGAAUGGGCCAUAUCUCCAGAUAACAAGCCUUGUUGAGAAAAGCUCUGCAGCUAACGAAGGAAAGCUAAAACCAGGUGACAUUCUAAUAAAAGUUGGACAUGCUAAUGUUUUGGGAUGGACUCUGCGAGAACUUGGACAACUCCUGCAAAAUAUUCCUAUAGGAACUACUCUACAAAUCAGAGUUUACAGAGAUUUUGUUGAAGUACCUCCACACUGGCAAUGUGCAGUUGAAUUGAUUCCUGAAGUAAAGAUGAUAUCAGACACAAAUGAAGAUGCUGAGGAUGAAGAUGACACCGGGUCCAGUAGUGAUAAUGAUGUAGACUUGGAAACUUUUCAGUAUAUAUCUUCCCAGUCAUACUGUUGUGAGUUCACUCACAGGUUACCAUCAAUAUCCAAAAUUUGGCAGGUAUCUGAUACAGGCCAGACACUUAGUGCAGGCACAGACAAUCUUUGUGAUGCUGCACCUCAUGAUGAUGUUGAUGCAUUGUGCAAUUCCAAAUUUGAUGCUAGUGGUGCCAGACCUCUUUCAGACUGGGCUAUGGAAAACAAUGAGGCCAGUUCCUCUUCCUCCUGCCCUUCUGUAUCAGAUACAUCCUAUAUGGAAGAAUGUGCCUUUGUUUCAGAGUAG